AUGGCCGACAAGAACACACCUGAUAUCCUCCGCCGACCCCUCUAUGUCUACGACCUUCCGGCGGAAGUCCUGACAACACUCUCCCUCAAGCCCGACGCCUCGAUUCCCGACCAAACCCCGCCCUCUCCUCCUUCCAGGGAAAAUUCCAGUUCCGAUCUCGUUGGCGCCCAGGCGUGCUCUCUUUGCGGCGUCAAUUUCUCCUCCGUUCUUGACCAACGCAGCCACCAAAAGUCGGACUGGCACCACUACAAUCUCAAGCAGAAGCUGCGUGGCAACACACCUGUGUCUGAAGUAGAGUUUGAGAAGCUGAUUGGAGACCUCGACGAGAGUCUUUCAGGCUCAGAAUCAUCCGAAUCAGACGACGAAGAAGACGAAGCGGGUCGCAAAGAAUCUACCCUGACAGCAUUGCUAAAGAAGCAAGCAAAUAUCGCCGAUAAGAGAAGCUCUCCAGCGCCGGGCGAGGAUAAUGAAGACGAAGACACAUCACGACGGAAAAACAAGGGCAAAGCGCCCCUGAUAUGGUUCUCCUCCCCGCUUCUCCCACAAAACACCUACUUCGGUCUCUACCGUGCUAUUCUUACCGGCGAUGAGCUUCGCGACGAAACGAAACUAGUGGAGGUCAUCAGGAAGAAGCAGCUUGAGCCAAUAUCUAUACCCAGGAUACCCAAAGAUGGUUCCACGCCACUGCCAGCAGUCGCCUACAAAGGGCCGCAUUUCUUCCUCUGCAUGAUCGGCGGUGGUCACUUCGCUGCCAUGGUUGUUUCCCUAGCACCGAGGCAGAACAAGUCGUCGGGGGCUCUUAACAGAGAAGCCACUGUUCUCGCCCACAAGACCUUUCACCGCUAUACCACCCGUCGCAAGCAGGGUGGUUCGCAGUCGGCCAACGACAACGCCAAGGGCAAUGCGCACUCUGCUGGUUCUAGCUUGCGUCGGUACAAUGAGCAGGCUCUGGUUGAGGAUGUACGUGAAUUACUGCGGGAGUGGAAGGGUCUCCUGGACACAUCGGAGCUGCUGUUUAUUCGGGCGACGGGCGUAACGAACCGGCGCACGCUGUUUGGACCGUACGAUGGGCAGGUGUUGAAGCAUAACGAUACGAGGAUAAGAGGCUUCCCCUUCAACACACGCCGUGCCACACAGAACGAGCUUAUGAGAUCAUUCAUCGAGCUCACGAGGUUAAAAGUCCGUGAGAUCAAUCCGGAAGACGAACCGAAGCCUCAAACGGAGUCGCCGACACCCGCAAAAGUACCGCCUCCGAAGCCUACGAAACCGAAGCUGACGGAGGAGGAAGAAACGGCGUUGUUGCACACAUCACAAAUUCAAGCACUGAUACGCCGCACAAAACUACCCGCCUUGUUAUCCUACCUGAAAACCAACAACCUUUCCGCAGACUUCCAAUUCCAGCCACCUGAACAAAAUCACCACUCCCCGACACCCCUACAUCUCGCUGCGAACCAAAACGCGGCACCGCUCGUUCUCGGACUGCUCACGCGUGGCGGAGCGUCCCCUCUUGUGGCGAAUAAGGAUGGCAAGAUGGCUUUCGAUCUCGCUGGUGACAGAGCCACAAGAGAUGCCUUCCGCGUCGCGCGUUCAGAGCUGGGCGAGGACAAGUGGGACUGGGACACGGCACAUGUACCGGCAGCUCUGAGUAAAGCGGACGCGGACAAGCGGGAUGAACGCGAAAAGAAAGAGAAAGAGAGCAAAGAAGCCGAGCGCAGGCGAGCUGAGGAGGAGAGGUUACGGUCCGAAGGGCCCAAAGUGGAUGACAAGAGGAAGAAGGCCGGCGGUCUCGCCUCAGCCGUGCCUAUGAAGUCGGCCCAGGAGAAGAGAGAAGAAGAAGCGAGGGGUUUGACGCCCGAGAUGCGUAUGAAGCUUGAUCGGGAAAGGAGGGCGAGGGCAGCCGAGGAACGGAUCAAGCGGUUGCAGGCGGGCGGUUGA